AUGGUGCUCGAGGCAACAAUUAUCGCAAUUGACAAUUCCGAAUACAUGCGCAAUGGCGACUUUGUCACCACCCGUUAUGACGCACAAGCCACCGCCACUGAAUACAUCUUCCAAAACAAGAUCAACUCCAACCCCGAGAACACCGUCGGUUUGUUGUCCUACGGUGGCAGCGGCCCUCAAGUGUUGUCCACAUUGACCACAGACUUCGGCAAGAUCUUGUCAGGGGCCCAUGGAACCAAAAUCAGCGGAGAGAACCACUUUUCGAGCGGGCUCCAGGUGGCUGCUCUCGCCUUGAAGCAUAGACAGAAUAAGGUCCAAAACCAGCGAAUCAUUGCAUUUGUGGGAAGCCCUAUCCGUGAAAGCGAUAAGGAGUUGGAGAAGUUGGCCAAGAAAAUGAAGAAGAACAACGUCGCCGUGGACAUUGUCAACUUUGGCGAGGAGAACGUCAACACCGCCAAGUUGGAGAAGUUUCACACGGCUGUCAAUAAUCACGACAACUCCCAUUUAGUCACAGUUCCACCUGGUCCUCGUCUUUUGUACGAGGUCAUUGCCACUUCGUCCAUCUUGGCUGAGGAGGGGUUCGAAAUGGCAGACUCCAACGAUUUCUUUGGAGGCGUAGAUGCAAACAUGGACCCAGACUUAGCUUUGGCCUUGAGACUCUCGCUAGAAGAGGAGAAACAGAGGCAAGAGCGCGAGGCCAAGGAAUCCAAGGAGACUAAGGACGACUUGACCAAGAUUGAGGAGGAAGACGAAGAGAGAAAGGAGAAAUAG